GACGCUGCAACUUGUCGCUGCGGCUGCGGGCAGAGGGUGGGUGGCCGGCCGGGUCUCGCUGCCCAGCAGCGCCGCAGCUCCUGGCUUCCUCUCGCCGUCUCGGCCAGAGGCUCCGGACUAUAAAUAGCAGGUUACUCAGCUGCUGAGUGACAGGCGCCCCGGGGGCAAGCGCGGCUCGAGUCUCUGCGCGGCAGGCGCCCUGCUCCGAGCCAGUGUCAAGGAGAAGAGCAAAAGUACAGCACACAGCUCAUCCAGAUAGUUUCGAGCUCCAUUAUGUCAUAACAACCUCGCCUGUAUUUUAGGUUAUCUAAAUCAGCUGAGAACCAAGAGAGAGAGAUGGUGUCGGCUGAAAGGAAAUCUGCUUUUUCUAAUGAAAAAUAAGACCAAGAGUUCUGAAGUCUGUGACAUUAUUCUGGAGUGGCACUGUGUUGUGGAAUUCAGAAAUAAAACAGAUGUUUCAGUAGUUCUCAAGUUUCAGAGCAGAAACCCAGAUCUUUACCGUGAAGCUGCAUCUAAACCAGACUGUGAAUUGUGGGCUGUGGCACUUGGAGAAGCAAACUCAGAAAGUUUGCAGAAUAAAAUUCAGCAGCUCCGGAGGUUGAUCAUGGAAAUUAAAGAGGAGAGAACAUCAGAUGAGGCACAGCACUUUCUUCCUGCAACACAGGCAGACAAUCUUAGGGAGUCUCAGUUUACAGGUAUCCAGAAGAUUGCGAAUGAGUCAAAGCUGGAGUUUGUCCUUGCAUGCAAGGAUCUAGUGGCUACUGCCCGUGAUCGGAAGCUGAAUACAUUUGUACAGAUCUCAGUAGUACAUCCAGCAGAACAGACUUUGACGAGAUACUCAAGCACUGAAAUUGUGGAGGGAACAAGAGACCCACUCUUUUUGACUGGUGUGACAUUCCCACCGGAAUAUCCUAUCUAUGAGGAGACUAAAAUAAAACUAACCGUCUAUGAUGUCAAAGAUAAAUCUCAGGACACGGUCCGCACCCGUGUCCUGUCUGAACACAAGGAGCCAAGAACAGAUGUCGGGCGAAACUUUCUGGGCUUGGCUACUUUUAAAGUAGGAGACUUGGUGAAGUCAAAGGAACAACAGUUGACCCUUACCCUGAGAACUUCUGAUGGUGGAAAGACAGUUGGUACCAUAGAUGUCAGCAUUGUGAAGAUGGGGGAGAUAGAGGAGGGGGAAGUAGACCACAUCACAACAGAUGUGCAGGGACAAAAGUGUGCACUGGUGUGUGAAUGUACAGCACCUGAAGGCAUAAGUGGUAAAGACAGCUUACCUCUAUUAAAUGCAGUAUUAAAAAACCCAAUCUGUAAGUUAUACAGAUUUCCCACUUCUGACAACAAGUGGCUGCAUAUCCGAGAACAGAUGUCUGAGAGCACUCUUUCUUUCCAUGUUCCCAAGGAAUUGAUCAAUCUGCACAUAAAGGAGGACAUGAGAAGGAAUCAGGACCUAAAAGAGCUAGGAGAACUUGCUCCACAUUGGGACAAUAUGCGUAAAAAUGUUGUUGCACAUUGUGAACAGAUGCUGAACAUGUACCAGGACACUCUUGCAGAUCAUGGGAAACAUACAGGAUCUUCUUUCAAAUCAAGCUGUAGUAAAGGAGAAAAGACACUAGAAUUUGUUCCAAUAAAUCUCCAUCUGCAGAGAAUGCAUGUGCACAGUCCUCGGUUGAAAGAUGCUCUGUAUGAUGUCAUCACCGUGGGAGCCCCUGCAGCACAUUAUCAGGGAUUUAAGAAUGGUGGUCUUCGGAAACUGUUGAGUAAAUUUGAGGCAGAAAGGCGAAAUACUGGAUACCAGUGUAUUUACUAUUCACCUGAAAACACAGCCAAGGCAAAAGAAGUUCUCAGCAACAUCAAUCAUCUACAGCCCCUCAUAUCAAGCCAUGCAGACCAGCUGCUUAAUUCUGCAAGCCAGCAUUCUCCAGACAGCUUGAAGAAUUCUUUAAAGAUACUUUCAGAAAAAACAGAGUUAUUUGUGCAUGCCUUCAAGGAUCAGCUGGUCAGAAGUGCCCUUUUAGCGCUAUACACAGCCCGUCCAGGUUGUGUCCUCAAGAAGCCAACUGUGCCCAGAAACAGUGUGGAAGGGUCUGGUGAGCCACAGGGUCAGGACCAUCCAUCUCAGAUCAAACGGCAGAACUCUAUACCUCACCAUUCAGAAUAUGAUGAAGAAGAGUGGGAUAGGGUGUGGACCAAUGUGGGGAAGAGUUUAAACUGCAUUAUUGCAAUGGUGGACAGACUGCUUGAAAAAGACAACAGCAGCAGCGGCAUUAAGGAAAGCGAAAAUGACCCUUCAUCUGCAGAUCACAUGGUAUCACAUACAAGUGGUGACUGGUAUGAGCAGCUUUAUCCCCUCAUAAUUACACUCAAAGACUGCAUGGGAGAGGUGGUGACAAGGGCAAAGCAAUCAAUGACUUUUGUUCUACUUCAGGAACUUGCAUGUGGCUUGCCACAGCAUUUGAUGCUGACCCUACGAAGAGACAUCGUCAUUAGUCAAGCACUUGCUGGAUUGGUCUGUGGGUUUAUAAUCAAAUUGCACACAAGUUUACAUGAUCAAGGCUUCCUACAGCAGCUUCAUACUGUUGGGUUAAUUGUUCAAUACGAAGGACUUCUCAGCACAUAUAGUGAGGAAAUUGGGAUGCUAGAAGAUAUGGCUGUGGGCAUUUCAGAUUUACAGAAAGUAACGUUUAAAAUAAUUGAAGCCAAAUCCAAUGACUUCUUGCCUGUAAUAACUGGAAGGCGUGAACAUUAUGUAAUAGAGGUCAAGCUUCCAGCAAAGAUGUUUGAGUUGCUGCCACAAGAGAUCAAAGAAGGAAAGCAGCUGCAUGUGUACCCAGUCCUCUUUAACGUUGGAAUCAAUGAACAGCAAACACUUGCAGAGAGGUUUGGAGAUACCACUUUGCAAGAAAGUGUUAACCAGGAAAAUUUUGAACUUCUUAAAGAAUAUUACAAAUUGUUUACUGAAAAAAUGCCUCCCGAUUGCCUACCAAAUUUUCAAGAACAGAAUGACCUAAAGAGAUUACUAGAAAAUCUCCAUCAAAAUAUCCAGGCUAAAAAAAGAAAGAAUGUAGAAAUCAUGUGGGUGGCUGCAACGAUUUGCCGCAAGCUAAAUGGAAUCCGUUUCACCUGUUGCAAAAGUGCCAAAGACAGGACGUCCAUGUCGGUGACACUAGAACAGUGCUCAAUCUUGAGAGAUGAACAUCAACUGCAUAAGGACUUCUUUAUCCGGGCACUGGAUUGUAUGAGAAGAGAAGGAUGCCGUAUAGAGAAUGUACUGAAGAAUAUCAAAUGCAGAAAGUAUGCAUUCAACAUGAUACAGCUGAUGGCUUUCCCAAAGUACUACAGACCACCAGAGGGGACAUAUGGAAAAGCUGAUACCUAAGUUUUUAUAAUGUAAUAAGAAACACACAUCUGUGCUAAUUAGAUCAUAUAAAAAUUGCUCUUUGUGUGUCAUGAAUUGGGAGUGUGUAACAAAAGUAGGAGUUAUCUUGGUCAGCUAUCAGUGGAUCUGUUUUAAAUUAAAAUAACUGUAGUCCGUUAUUAUGAAAGAAAACCUCAAUUAUUGUCUGAUUAAUACUUGAGUGGUCUCAAAACCAAGUAUAUACAGCCCUCACUGCUAGGCUGUAAUUUAACCAGAUUCUGUAAAGUAGUGGAGUUGGGCCUCAUAAGUAGCUUGAUGGAAGACCAAAAAGGAAAAUGCAGAUUGCUGUAGGAACUGAUGUUAGUGAGUCCAUAGGGGGGCACUGUGAGUCUGUACUGGUGCUGUACCUGAGUACUGUGUGUGAAGUGGCACCAUCCUGCUGGAGGUGAUGUCUUCUGCGUCAGGCGUAAAACAGAGAUCCUGGUCCCUUGUGGUCAAAGACCACCUUGCAUUCUUUGCAAGGCAUGUUAAUCUCGGUCUGCUGGCCAAAUUUAAAUUUGGUAAUUACAUUCUGCUUCUCUAUAGAAGCUUGGUAAUUGCAGAUUGUAAUUUGAAGUUUGGUAAUUACAUAAUGUAAUUUUAGUAACUACGGAUUGUAAUUUGUAAUUGCAUUCUGCCUCUCUGCAGUUUCGGUUGGAUGUAUUAUUCUUGGCAUUCUGUGCUAGAGUCAAAUCCUACUCAUUUUAUUUAUUUGUUAGUCUCAGUAGAGUCAGAGGGAUUACUAGCAUGAGUAAAGUGACCCACAUUUGCCCCUUAGACUUUACUGAGUGUUUCUGUGCUUCAUUUUGGUGCUGGGUGAUAUGAUUCCUAUGUAUUAGAGGCAACAUAGCUCUUUAGGAUGGAAUUACUUACAUGUACAGUUUUGUUAAUUUUUAUACAGCACAAAGCCCAACAUAAGCAUAAUAAUAAGGGUAAGUACUCCUUAAUCUGCUACGUUGUGGCUAGUUCGCUGAUUUUCUAUCACAUGUAUAAUGCAAUAUGUAGGCAAAGGAUACUCUUCAGCCUUAAGUAUGAAUUUUAGUGCUUUUGCCAGCUUGUGUCACUCCUAAAUUUAUCUUCUAGACAUCACAGGGUUUUUAAUCACAUCUGUUAAUUACAUUCCGCUCCAACCAAAAACAAAACAAAACACAAAAUCGCUCAAUGAUGACUGACCUUUGUAUAGCACCUUCACUUUGCAGAUAAAAUAUUUAGGGCAGGAAGAUAAGAAUUUUAUCCAAGUAAAAUGCCAUUGGAAAUUUAAGAUACCGUAGACAAAGUGUAAUUACCAAAAUCAGAGUUUGGCCAAGACAGCGUGGUUAACACACCCACCCCUGCUGGUAUAGAAUUCACAGAAGUACUGGGGCAUAAUGAACUAUAAAAUUCCCCUUUCAAUCCAUUGGAUACAUUGUGUAAAUGUGUUUUGUACUAAUAAAAUAUAUAUUUAAGCCUGUAAUCCUGAAAACAUGCACAUGUAAUGAGGAAAAUGAGCAGUCGUAUGAGUAAAAUUUCCACGUGUUCCUAAAUGUUUGAAAGAUCAGGCCUUGGAACAAUUAUUAAACAUAUGGGGUGAAAUCCUGGCCCCAACUCCCAUUGACUUCAGUGGGGCCAGGAUUUCCCCCAUGCUAUAAACGUACUCAGUGAAUUUGGAACAGCUUGUUCAAAGCAGGUAAUACUGACAUUUAAAUAAUAUUUUGGUACUUUUAUGAUUUACUCAUACGUAUGAUUUCUUUGGCACUGUCUUGGUUGAUCAUUGGAUAUGUAUUUAGAAUUUUCUUUUAUUAUAUAUUAAAUACCCAGUAGACCACAAAGAGCCUUUUGCAGUUGUCACAGCAUCUUCCAUAAAUACACUACGGAGAUAAAAUCAGACAGAUGUGAACUGAAGGGCUUGCAUUCCUUUCAAUACUAUAUAAUUUACUAACGGAGACAGCCUUUGCAUUCUAACUUAUAAAUCUGUAUUUGUAUAUGGAUUUUUAACCAUUACAGAACUGAGCCAUAUAAAGUCUUAAUUUGGAUUUAUUGAACCAAAGUCUUCGUAGGAAUGCUACAAUCUAUCCUGUCAGUCUAGCUGCCACAUUUGCUGUGAUCUCAACAUUCUUUUAGUUAUGUUUACAGUUUAAAAAAAGUUACUGAAUAUAUACAUUAGGGGCUUGAGCCUGCAUUUCUCAUGCAUCUCCGUAAAACAAUCCUAUAGAAUUUACUGGAGAAUAUAAGCUUUUUAUAGUAUUUUUAAACCAAUCUGCAAAUUUCUAUGGCAGGGGUAUUAUUCUCUGUUAAAUUCUGUAGGUUUUUGAGUAAUUUUCCUACAAUCCCACUGUCUUUAUCCAUAUUAAAUUCUAUAGAAAGGGAAAGGAAUAUUUCAAGAUCUUUGUCUCUAGAUUUUAAAUCAUAAUGUUGUGACAUUUUAAAAAUAUUUUGGCUCUGAAUUACUACUGCACUCUGAACAUAUUGUGUUUAAUUAUGUCAUUUUAAACAAUGAAGCUAUAUGAGUCAUGCAAACAAGGGCUUAAAUUGCUGUAAUAAACAUUAUUUUACAUACUUUUUAACCUUGAAAAUCACCCACAAUUGUUGUUUUUAAAUUACCAGUUUGUUUACCCAAAUAUUUUUAAAAACCACACAAUACUCUGCAGUGAAACAGAACUGGGCACAAUAGUGUUUGGGUGUUUAAAAAAAAUAUUGUUGGUUUUUUAGGCAAAGCAGAAGCUUUACAUGCCAAGUUUUUGAUUGGAACAAAUACACCUCUACCUCGAUAUAACGCUGUCCUCGGGAGCCAAAAAAUCUUACUGUGUUAUAGGUGAAACCGCGUUAUAUCGAACUUGCUUUGAUCCACCAGAGUGCGCAGCCCCGCCCCUCCAGAGCACUGCUUUACUGCGUUAUAUCCGAAUUCGUGUUAUAUCGGGUCGCGUUAUAUUGGGGUAGAGGUGUAUUUACAGAUUCAAAGACCCACAGAAAACAUGCUGGCACAGCUUCAAGUGUAUAAGCAUACACAUUGCUACUUCAAUGCUGAAAAACCCUUUUCUGUUGAAAUAUUUCCGCUGACUUAGAUUUCACAGGGUAGAUCCUGAGCUGUUGUGAAUUGUUACAAGCUCAUUGACCGCACUGGGUCUAUGACAAUUUACAAAAGCUGAGGAUCUGUCUCCAAAACUGAGUUGUUAGCUAAUCAUGGAUGCAAAACUAAAUAUUCUUCAACCUGGAUUUUUAUGAAUACAAAUAAUCCUUUGCUGCUGUUACCAACUACAACAUACCAAUUCAGGAUGGAGGGCCUUCCCAAAGCCCUGCACACCACUUGAAGGAUUAACAGAGGGCUCCAAAUGCAUAUUGGAGGAGUAAUUCUGAGCAAAUUGAUUUUCAUGAGCAAACUGUACCAUUUGCUAAUGUAUUAUUGAAGAGAACUGGCUUCUCUUAAUGGCAGACUCACUAUAAUGUUCAGACUUUGCACUGUAAAAACUUUUGUAAGGAUUGAAAGCUUCUAUUUUGAGAGCCAGUCUUUCAAGGGAUAGAAAGCAGCCAUGUUUGAAGUGUAUCUGGCAUUUAAGGCCAAAUUCUGCUUGCCUUACUCAUGUGAAUAGUCCCACUGAAGUCACUGGUACUAUUUGCUUAAAUAAGAUCAGCAGGAUUUGACUCAGUGAAACUUGAGAAAAAGUGCUACCCACAUUAAAUGUUUGCAUAGUGCACUGUUAUCUACUUGUGUAAUUUUUGUACUAUAGGUUAGCAUGGAAGUAGCAAACCAGCUGAAAUUGUAAGAAAAGGGGAAAGCUAAAUGCAACCUUAAUGUAAUAUUUUCUCAGUGAUAUCUGUAAAACUUCUGUUCUUCAAUAUAUGCAUAGGUCUGACGUAUUGUCAUACAGGCAGGUCUUUUCUUCUGUGUUCUUUCGGGGAGUUUGGUAAGAAUAUACUUUUAAUAUUUAUUGCUUAUAGUUUAGCUUUUAUGAAAUGAUUAGAAUAUAGAGAACAUUUGUAAUUCCAUUGUCUCAUUAUGUCUAUAUGAUGCUGUGUGCAUUGAUGAAAAAUUAGCACUACGUGUACUGUAAUGAACCAGCAAGAUAAAGAGCAGGCUGAAGCCAACAAAAGCAGCAUCAGUAAAAGUUCUUUGCACUAUGAACUUUAAUGUCUGGAUUUUAGGCUUCAAUUGUAAGCAGGAGGCAAUAAAAUAUAUAUAUUUUGGGCCCUCUUUAAAUCCAUACAAAUCAAUCCAAACCAAAAUUGUUAUUUAAAGCAAAUUAAAGCCUGGCUGGCAAUAUUCUAAAUCACCACUGAUGUUUUAGGUGCCUGGCUGCAAAGAAAUGCAGAACGUAAUGUGUUUACAUUUGUUAGCAUAUAGUGUGACUCUUAUUAUACUUCGGGAAAUAAGUUGAUUUUUAUUUUCAGUUUUAAGAGAUGGUUUGAAAAAUUCUGUGAUCAGUUCUUUCAAAGUGGUGAACAUAUUAAACAUCAUAAGGUGUAAUUGUUAAAGAUUACACUGAAAAAAUUCAGCAUAAAAAAGUUACUUGGUUGAGGCAAUUUUAGAAUUAUUUCGCAUCAGGUGACUCUGCUAUGAACUUAAACCCAUUAGUUUCUAUAUUUAUGCUUUUUUGCCAUAAAGAGAGAACAUGUUGUAUUGGCAGUGACAUCAGAUAUGAAUUGCAUCUUGCCUUUUGUUACUUUGUAAUUUUAAAAAAGAUCUAUGCAUUCAAGCAGAUGUUUCCAAUUGCAGAAAAAAGAAGCUUUAAAUUAUUAUUGUUUAAAAGGGAAAAAUCAAAUGGAUCUGGAAGAUCAAAUAUUUUUAAAAUUAUCACAAAAUUGCUUCCUCAUAUACAAGAGAAAUGGUUUUCCAGUAGCCUAGAGUAUUGAUUGGUAUUCUGUUUUUCUUUAAUCAUAUAACACAGAGAUUCUGAAGCUGGGGGUUGUGACCCCUCAGAGGGAUCACAAGAUUAUUACAUAGGGGGUCGUGAGCUGUCAGCCUCCACCCCCAGACCUGCUUCACCUCCAGCAUAUAUAAUAACGUUAAAUAUAAAGAAGUGUUUUUAAUUCAGAAGGCGGGUCACAUUCAGAGGCUUGCUGUGUGAAAGGGGUAACUAAUACAAAAGUUUGAAAACCACUGAUUAACACAUCAACUGUUAUUUGCUUUGUGAUGCUAGACAACGCAGCAUAUGCUCUAAAACGUUUGUAAAUUCUAAAAUAUCUUUAUUUUUUUCCUUUUGCCAAACACAAUCGUCUGAAUAAGUAAUGUAGCAAAUUAAAAGGAGGCUAUAGUAUAUUACCAAAAAUCCAAGACUGAAAAAUUGCAUUCACCCACACAAGCUUGGGACUCAGGACCUUAAAAAACCCCUAUUUGUGAAAUCACAUACCCAAAUUCCAAAAAGCACAUACAGAAAACACCAGAAGUGUGUGAGGGAAGAAUGGUGACGGGGCAAGCUAAUGCAGUGAGUGGGGGGCUUGUUUGUUUUUUUGGGAGGUGGGGGGGUGACAGUGCAGCUCAGAUUGCCUUCCCUUAGCGUGAGUGAGUAUUAGCAUCUGGGUGGUGGUGUUUGUAAUUUUUCUACUUUGCAUGCAUAUAGUUUUACCUUAUGUGCUUUAAAAUUAGAUGAAGAACAGCCUGACUUUCAAAUUUUUGUGAAAGUUAAUUGUAUAAUCACAGGUUACUAUGGUACUUGUUUUCCUUUUGUGUAGCUAUUCUUAUGUAAUUGUAAUGGACAAAUCCUGCUCUCUUUAGUCAAAGUGACUACUUGUACAAGCAAGACUAACAGGCUUUAGCCCACAAUGUGUAUUUAUUCAGAGAAACUGAAGCAUAGGUAGGCUACCCCAGCUCCUCCUAUCUUUGUACUUCAGGAACUACCAUUUUUGUUUGGUUGCUGUAUGUAAGCCAUAUCCAUUGUACACUGUGUGUAUAUUUUUAUUUAAAUAAAUGUGAGUUUUAUUUUU